AUGAUGGCUCUUCUUCCUCAGUCUCGGCACUCAGGCGCCUGGAACGGAGUCAGUGGACCGAUAAGAUGGAUUUGCGGUUUGGUUUUGACAGGCUGAAAGAGCCUGGUGAGAAGACGGGCUGGCUCAUCAACAUGCACCCUACUGAGGUCUUAGAUGAGGAUAAGCGCUUAGUCAGCGCGGUGGAUUACUACUUUAUUCAAGAUGACGGGAGCAGGUUUAAGGUAGCCUUGCCCUAUAAACCAUAUUUCUACAUUGCAACCAGAAAGGGUUGUGAGAGAGAGGUUUCAUCUUUUCUCUCCAAGAAGUUUCAGGGUAAAAUUGCACAAGUAGAGACUAUCCCUAAAGAGGAUCUGGACUUGCCAAAUCACUUGGUGGGUUUGAAGCGAAAUUACAUCAAACUGUCCUUCCACACUGUGGAGGACCUUGUCAAAGUGAGGAAGGAGAUUUCCCCUGCCGUGAAGAAGAACCGGGAGCAGGACCAUGCCAGUAAUACGUACACAACCAUGCUCUCCAGUGUUCUGCAAGGGGAUAGUGUAAUUACCGAUGAAGAGGAAGCCUCUAAGAAGGUAGCUGAUCAGUUGGACAACAUAGUGGACAUGCGCGAGUAUGAUGUCCCCUACCAUGUCCGCCUCUCCAUCGACCUGAAGAUUCAUGUGGCUCAUUGGUACAAUGUCAGAUACCGAGGAAAUGCUUUUCCAGUGGAAAUCACCCGCCGAGAUGACCUUGUUGAACGACCUGAUCCUGUGGUUUUGGCAUUUGACAUCGAAACGACCAAACUGCCCCUCAAGUUUCCCGAUGCUGAGACAGACCAGAUCAUGAUGAUUUCCUACAUGGUUGAUGGCCAGGGAUACCUCAUCACCAACAGAGAGAUCGUUUCAGAAGAUAUUGAAGAUUUUGAGUUCACCCCCAAGCCAGAAUACGAAGGGCCCUUUUGUGUCUUCAAUGAACCUGAUGAGCUUCAUCUGAUCCAGAGGUGGUUUGAACACGUCCAGGAGACCAAACCUACUGUCAUGGUCACCUACAAUGGGGACUUUUUCGACUGGCCGUUUGUGGAGGCCAGGGCGGCGAUCCAUGGCCUGAGCAUGCAGCAGGAGAUAGGCUUCCAGAAGGAUAGCCAGGGAGAGUACAAGGCACCUCAGUGCAUCCACAUGGACUGUCUCAGGUGGGUGAAGAGGGACAGUUACCUUCCUGUGGGUAGUCAUAACCUCAAGGCUGCCGCCAAGGCCAAACUGGGCUAUGACCCGGUAGAGCUGGACCCCGAGGACAUGUGCCGGAUGGCCACCGAGCAGCCCCAGACUCUGGCUACGUAUUCUGUGUCGGAUGCCGUGGCCACUUACUAUCUGUACAUGAAGUACAUCCAUCCCUUCAUCUUCGCUCUGUGCACCAUUAUUCCCAUGGAGCCCGACGAGGUGCUGCGGAAGGGCUCUGGCACACUGUGUGAGGCCCUGCUGAUGGUGCAGGCCUUCCACGCCAACAUCAUCUUCCCCAACAAGCAGGAGCAGGAGUUCAACAAGCUGACAGACGAUGGUCAUGUGCUAGAUGCUGAGACCUAUGUGGGGGGCCAUGUGGAGGCCCUGGAGUCUGGGGUCUUCCGCAGCGACAUCCCUUGUCGGUUUAGGAUGAAUCCUGCUGCCUUUGACUUCCUGCUGCAGCGGGUUGAAAAGACCUUGUGUCACGCCAUUGAGGAAGAGGAGAAGGUGCCUGUAGAGCAGGUCACCAACUUCCAAGCGGUGUGUGAUCAGAUUAAGACGAAACUUACCUCCCUGAAAGACAUUCCCACCCGCAUCGAGUGUCCGCUAAUCUACCACCUGGACGUGGGAGCCAUGUACCCUAACAUCAUCCUGACAAACCGCCUGCAGCCCUCUGCCAUGGUGGAUGAGGCUACCUGUGCUGCCUGUGACUUCAAUAAGCCUGGAGCGAACUGCCAGCGGAAGAUGGCCUGGCAGUGGAGGGGCGAGUACAUGCCGGCCAGUCGCAGUGAAUACCAUAGAAUCCAGCACCAACUGGAGUCAGAGAAGUUUCCUCCCUUGUUCCCAGAGCAGCCAGCUCGUGCCUUUCAUGAGCUGUCCCGUGAAGAACAGGCUAAAUACGAGAAGAGGAGGCUGGCAGAUUACUGCCGGAAAGCCUACAAGAAGAUCCACGUCACCAAGGUGGAGGAGCGCCUCACCACCAUCUGCCAGCGGGAAAACUCCUUCUAUGUGGACACUGUGCGCGCCUUCCGGGACAGGCGCUAUGAGUUCAAAGGGCUCCACAAGGUGUGGAAAAAGAAGCUGGCGGCAGCCAUGGAGGCAGGCGACGCAACAGAGAUUAGGCGCUGCAGGAACAUGGCGGUGCUAUACGACUCUCUGCAACUGGCCCACAAGUGCAUCCUCAAUUCCUUCUAUGGAUAUGUCAUGCGCAAGGGGGCCCGCUGGUACUCCAUGGAGAUGGCCGGUAUCGUCUGCUUCACUGGGGCCAACAUAAUCACGCAGGCACGGGAGCUGAUCGAGCAGAUCGGGAGGCCCUUGGAACUGGACACAGAUGGGAUAUGGUGUGUCCUGCCGAACAGCUUCCCAGAAAACGUCGUUCUUACUACGACCAAUGUGAAGAAGCCCAAGGUGACCAUCUCCUACCCAGGGGCCAUGCUGAACAUCAUGGUCAAGGAAGGCUUCACCAACGACCAGUACCAGGAGCUGGCUGAGCCGUCCUCACUCACCUAUGUCACCCGCUCAGAGAACAGCAUCUUUUUUGAGGUUGAUGGACCCUACCUUGCCAUGAUCCUUCCAGCCUCCAAGGAAGAAGGCAAGAAACUGAAGAAGAGAUAUGCUGUGUUCAAUGAAGACGGCUCCCUGGCUGAGCUCAAAGGCUUUGAGGUCAAACGCCGUGGGGAGCUGCAGCUGAUUAAGAUCUUCCAAUCCUCAGUGUUUGAGGCCUUCCUCAAAGGCAGCACGCUAGAAGAGGUGUAUGGCUCUGUAGCCAAGGUGGCCGACUACUGGCUGGAUGUGCUAUACAGCAGGGCAGCUAACAUGCCUGAUUCUGAGCUGUUCGAGUUGAUCUCUGAGAACCGUUCCAUGUCUCGGAAGCUGGAAGAUUAUGGGGAGCAGAAGUCGACGUCCAUCAGCACAGCCAAGCGCCUUGCUGAGUUCCUGGGAGACCAGAUGGUCAAGGACGCGGGGCUGAGCUGCCGCUAUAUCAUCUCUCGCAAGCCCGAGGGUUCUCCUGUCACCGAGCGGGCCAUCCCACUCGCCAUUUUCCAAGCAGAGCCCACAGUGCGGAAGCAUUUUCUCCGAAAGUGGCUUAAGAGCUCUUCCCUUCAAGACUUUGAUAUUCGGACAAUUCUGGAUUGGGAUUACUACAUCGAGCGGUUGGGAAGUGCCAUCCAGAAGAUCAUCACAAUCCCUGCAGCUCUGCAGCAGGUAAAGAACCCAGUGCCACGUGUCAAACACCCUGACUGGCUGCACAAAAAACUGCUGGAGAAGAAUGAUGUUUACAAGCAGAAGAAGAUCAGUGAGCUCUUCACCUUGGAGGGCAGGAGACAGGUCAUGAUGGCCCAGGGUCUAGAAGACAGUCCUGGUCCAGAUACUCCUGACGUGGAGGACUUCGGCCUCACAAAGCCAACCCGCUCAGCAGUGCCCAUCGCUACUAAGAGGAAGCGAGUCCUUUGGGAGAGCCAGGAGGAGUCCCAGGACCUUGUGCCGACAGUGCCCUGGCAGGAGAUCUUGGGGCAGCCUCCUGCCCUGGGAACCACCCAGGAAGAGUGGCUGGUCUGGCUCCGCUUCCACAAGAAGAAGUGGCAGCUGCAGUCCCGGCAGCGCCUUGCUCGCAGGAAGAGGCAGCGUCUGGAGUCAGUGGAGGGCAUACCCAGGGGGGCCCUCCGAGAGGGGCCUGCCGCAGGGCUGGGGAGCUUCUUUCGAAGAACUGCCCGCAGCAUUCUGGACCUUCCAUGGCAGAUUGUGCAGAUCAGUGAGACCAGCCAGGCUGGCCUGUUCAGGCUGUGGGCGCUGAUUGGUAGUGACUUGCACUGCAUCAGGCUGAGCAUCCCCCGCGUGUUCUGCGUGAACCAGCGUGUGCCCAAAGUGGAGGCGGGACCUUCGUAUCGCAAGGUAAAUCGGGUCCUUCCUCGCUCCAAUGUAGUCUACAAUCUCUAUGAGUAUUCAGUGCCAGAGGACAUGUACCAAGAACAUAUCAACGAGAUUAAUACUGAGCUGGCAGCGCCAGACAUCGAGGGCGUGUAUGAGACACAGGUUCCCUUGUUGUUCCGGGCCCUUGUACAUCUGGGCUGUGUGUGUGUGGUCAAUAAGCAGCUGGUGAGGCACCUUUCAGGCUGGGAGUCAGAAACCUUUGCCCUUGAGUACCUGGAGAUGCGUUCUCUGGCCCAGUUCAGCUACCUGGAACCAGGGAGCAUCCGCCACCUCUACCUGUACCACCACUCACAGGGCCACAAGGCACUCUUUGGGGUUUUCAUUCCCACGCAGCGUAGAGCGUCUGUGUUUGUGUUGGACACCGUGCGUAGCAACCAGAUGCCCAGCCUCAGCAGCCUGUACUCGGCGGAGCAUGGCCUCAUGCUGGAGAAGGUGGGCCCUGAGCUCCUGCCACCUCCCAAACACACCUUUGAAGUUCGUGCGGAAACUGACCUGAAGACCAUCUGCAGAGCCAUCCAGCGUUUCCUGCUCGCCUACAAGGAGGAGCGCCGGGGGCCCACGCUCAUCGCUGUUCAGUCCAGCUGGGAGCUGAGGAGGCUGGCCAGCGAGAUUCCUGUCCUGGAGGAGUUCCCGCUGGUGCCUGUCCGUGUGGCUGACAAAAUCAGCUAUGGAGUCCUGGACUGGCAGCGCCAUGGAGCCCGGCGCAUGAUCCGGCACUACCUCAACCUGGACACCUGCCUGACGCAGGCCUUUGAGAUGAGCAGGUACUUUCACAUUCCCAUCGGGAACCUGCCCGAGGACAUCUCCACCUUUGGCUCCGACCUCUUCUUUGCCCGCCACCUCCAGCGCCACAACCAUCUGCUCUGGCUGUCCCCUACAGCCCGCCCUGACCUGGGUGGAAAGGAGGCCGAUGACAACCGCCUCGUCAUGGAGUUCGAUGACCAAGCCACCGUGGAGAUCAACAACUCAGGCUGCUACUCCACAGUGUGUGUGGAGCUGGACCUUCAGAACCUGGCUGUCAACACCAUUCUGCAGUCUCACCACAUCAACGACAUGGAGGGGGCCGACAGCAUGGGCAUCAGCUUCGACGUGAUUCAGCAGGCGUCCCUGGAGGACAUGAUCACGGGCAGCCAGGCCACCAAUGCCCUGGCCAGCUACGACGAGAUGGCCCUCUGCUCUAACACUUUCAGGAUUCUGAAGAGCAUGGUCGUGGGCUGGGUGAAAGAGAUCACACAGUACCACAACAUCUAUGCUGACAACCAGGUGAUGCACUUCUACCGCUGGCUGCGGUCGCCAUGCUCUCUGCUCCACGACCCCGCCCUGCACCGGACACUGCAUAACAUGAUGAAGAAGCUCUUCCUGCAGCUCAUUGCUGAGUUCAAACGCCUGGGGUCGUCCGUCAUCUAUGCCAACUUUAACCGCAUCAUCCUCUGUACGAAGAAGCGCCGGAUUGAAGACGCCAUUGCCUAUGUGGAAUACAUCACCAACAGUAUCCAUUCCAAGGAGCUCUUCCACUCCUUGACAAUUUCCUUCUCUCGAUGCUGGGAAUUUCUUCUCUGGAUGGAUCCUUCUAACUAUGGUGGAAUCAAAGGAAAAGUUCCGUCUAGUGUUCACUAUGGACAGCAGGACUCCCAGAAAGCGGAGGGGACAGAGGAUGAGCCGGAAGAUGCGGACGGUGAGAAGGAGGAGGAGGGCAUGGAGGAAUCCGACGUGGAGGACUUGCUAGAGAACAACUGGAACAUUCUGCAGUUUUUGCCGCAGGCGGCCUCCUGCCAAAGCUACUUCCUCAUGAUUGUCUCGGCAUACAUUGUGGCCGUGUACCACAGCAUGAAGGACGGGCUGAGGCGCAGCGCCCCAGGGAGCACCCCUGUGAGGAGGAGGGGGCCCAGCCAGUUCUCCCAGGAGACCGAGGGGGCAACUGGAGCCCUUCCUGGGAUGAUCACCUUCUCUCAAGACUAUGUGGCCAACGAGCUCACUCAGAGCUUCUUCACCAUCACCCAGAAGAUCCAGAAGAAAGUCACAGGCUCUCGGAAUUCCACCGAGCUCUCGGAUAUGUUUCCUCUCCUCCCUGGCUCUCACUUACUGCUCAACAACCCUGUUCUGGAGUUCAUCAAAUACGUGUGCAAGGUACUGUCCCUGGACACAAACAUCACAAACCAGGUGAACAAGCUGAACCGAGACCUCCUUCGCCUGGUGGAUGUUGGCGAGUUCUCCGAGGAGGCCCAGUUCAGAGACCCCUGCCGCUCCUAUGUGCUCCCCGAGGUCAUCUGCCGCAGCUGCAACUUCUGCCGUGACCUGGACCUGUGCAAAGACUCCUCCUUCUCCCAGGACGGGACAGUCCUGCCUCAGUGGUUCUGCCCCAACUGUCAGGCGGCCUACGACUCAUCUGCCAUUGAGAUGGCCCUUGUGGACGUUCUGCAGAAGAAGCUGAUGGCCUUCACCCUGCAGGACCUGGUCUGCCUGAAGUGCCGCGGGGUGAAGGAAACCAACAUGCCUGUGUACUGUGGCUGCGCCGGGGACUUUGCCCUCACCAUCCGCACUCAGGUCUUCAUGGAGCAGAUCAGAAUCUUCCGGAACAUUGCCCAGCACUAUGGCAUGUCGUACCUCCUGGAGUCCCUGGAAUGGCUUCUGCAUGAGAGCCUUCGGCCAGGCCGGUAGCAGGCCCUGGGACACGUUGCAUGCGCGCCAGUCUCCCGAGACGUUCUCAGCCCCAUGUGACUGGGGCCGUGGACCACCUGACCUCCAAACUUGUGACUACAGUCCAGGGGACAGAGAGGGAAUGAAGGAAAGCAGUUUUGGGAAAGCGCCGAAGUGGCAUGAGUGACAGGACAGGAAGCAGCUGCGACCUGGUUGAGCCGCCCACGGACACAGGUCAUGCUGAGAAGUGCCUUGGGAGUUCCGAGGGGUUGUUUCUACAGAAUAAACCCAU